GUGAAGUGGAGUCAUCAGAUCAUCACACACACGCAACAGAUGCAAGGCCUGAAAUCUACUUAAUAAGCAGUUGAGUCUCUGGUUGACUCGUCCCUUUUCAGCAGCUUUCCUCUGUGAGCUCCUUCAGGUCUGACACACAGCAGCAGCAGCAGAAGAGGAAGACGUGGCAGUAUGUCUGCAGGGCUGGAGUUGAUAGGCAUCUCCCUGUGCAUUUUGGGAUGGAUUAUUGCCAUUGUGGCGUGCGCCCUGCCCAUGUGGAGGGUCACAGCCUUCAUCGGGAGCAACAUCGUCACGGCUCAGAUCAUCUGGGAGGGUCUGUGGAUGACUUGCGUGGUCCAGAGCACGGGACAGAUGCAGUGUAAGGUCUACGACUCCAUGCUCGCUCUCUCCCAGGACCUCCAAGCUGCUCGCGCCCUCACCGUCAUCUCCAUCCUGCUCGCCAUCCUAGCUGUGCUUAUCAGCAUCGCUGGAGCCAAGUGCACCAACUGCAUCGAGGACGAGUCAUCCAAGGCCAAGGUUAUGAUCAUCUCUGGAGUCUUCUUUAUCGUGUCUGGAGUCAUGCAGCUCAUUCCUGUGUCCUGGUCGGCCAAUACGAUAAUCAGGGACUUCUACAACCCUAUGCUCACGGACGCUCAGCGGAGGGAGCUGGGCGCCGCUCUUUACAUCGGCUGGGCAGCUGCUGCUCUGCUCAUUCUGGGAGGUGGACUGCUGUGCUGCUCCUGUCCGCCACGGGAGACGAGAUACAACCCUUCACGGAUGGCUUACUCUGCCCCUCGGUCUGCAGGAGGCCCCGGGUUAGAAAGGAAAGACUACGUUUGAAUGAAGGUCAAAAGAGUAAGAGACACUAUUAAAUCUUAAACGAGCUCUCCGAAACCAAACUGAGGGUGAACUGAGGAAAAGAGCUCGCAGAAACAAGGAGGCUCCAAGAUGAAGGAUCUUAUUCUUUAACUUUUUAUGCUACUCGUCUUUGAAUUAGUCUCCUUGUUUGCAAGAGAAGGAAAAAAAGACUCUUAGAGAAACGCAAAUGUUGUUGUCGUUGUACAGCCAAACAUUUUUAUGCAGUCAUAGCUACUUAAUGUUUACUUUUUCACGGCUUCACUUUCAAGAUAACACACUGCUAAAAUUACAGGGAACGGGUCAUGAGCAGGGUUAUGUGUUGUAAAUACUGUAGUAGUACGUGUGACAUUAAUCACCUGUAACAGUCAGGAGAGAUGAUAACUGUGUUCAGUGCAGCUUUAAGUGCAGUGUGGUGAGGUGAGGGCUCUAACACCAGCAGCACUGAAGCACCUGAGUCCACCCAGAAUGGUGAUUACGUCUGCUCGUCAUAUACAAUUACAGAACAUGUGCAUUAAAGGUGUUUUUUUUUAAAUAAACAUGACUGUUUUUUUACAA